AUGGCAGCUGUCACCUGCUGUAUCUGUAUCCUUGCCCCGGCUGGCAUAGCCGGACGUUUUAUCACAGUCAUGAACAACUCAAUAGAUGAGAUGAAACACUUGAAGUGGUUUGAAGGGUGCCUUGAGAAUGCACUAGACCAAUUGUGCUCCGCAAUAUGCGACGGUGACAUCACCAGAGUUCGAGCCGCCUAUAAAAUGCUUGAAGAUGCUAAAAUCAAGAUUGAGGAUGCCAUAAUAAACAAAGAAUGCACCAUGGAUGAAACAGAAGCCGUGCUCCAGGAACUCUUAACCUCCAAUGAUGUCAAUGUCACAACUAAAGCCGAGAUACACGAGUGCUAUCAGGCCUACCGAAGUGAAUGUGAAAAGGAAUUUCAACACAUUGAGAGCCAUGGCAGUUGUAGCGGGGAGGAGAAUGACUCGCAAUUGUCCUGA